GGAGGGCCGGCUGGGGCCACAGCAGGACCGACGGACAGAGAUAUGUGCACCCUCGGCACCCUCCCUCAGUGAUGAGGACACAUCAGACCUAUGUCCCCUCCUGAUAGCUUCACACACACGUGCAAGCGAACGUGUGCACAGGAAAACACCUCGGUUCCUUUUUACCUGGGAGGUGCCAGGUGGCUGGGUACCAACAGUCUGUCUGUCCGUCUGCUCCGGGACCCAAUGGAAGAGCUGGUGGGGCUGCGUGAGGGCUCCUCGGGGAGCCCUGUGAGCCUUCGGGAGCUGUGGGGCCCGUGUCCCCGUGUCCGCCGAGCCAUUCGAGGUGGCUUGGAGUGGCUGAAGCAGAAGGUGUUCCGCGUGGGGGAGGACUGGUAUUUCCUGAUGACCCUCGGGGUGCUCAUGGCCCUGAUCAGCUACACCAUGAACUUCGCUGUUGGGCGCGUGGUGCGAGCACACAAGUGGUUAUACCGGGAAAUUGGGGACAGCCACCUGCUCCGGUACCUCUCCUGGACUGUGUACCCUGUGGCCCUGGUCUCCUUCUCCUCCGGCUUCUCCCAGAGCAUCACGCCCUUCUCUGGAGGUUCUGGAAUCCCGGAGCUGAAGACUAUGCUGACCGGCGUGGUGCUGGAGGACUACCUGGACAUCAAGAACUUCGGGGCCAAGGUGGCCGGCCUCACCUGCACCCUGGCCGCCGGCAGCACCAUCUUUCUGGGCAAAGUGGGCCCCUUCGUGCACCUGUCUGUGAUGAUCGCUGCCUACCUGGGCCGGGUACACACCAAGGCCAUUGGAGAGUCUGAGAACAAGAGCAAGCAGAACGAGAUGCUGGUGGUGGCAGCAGCAGUGGGCGUGGCCACGGUGUUUGCAGCGCCCUUCAGUGGGAUCCUGUUCAGCAUCGAGGUCAUGUCUUCCCACUUCUCUGUCUGGGAUUACUGGAGGGGCUUCUUUGCGGCCACCUGCGGAGCCUUCAUGUUCCGCCUCCUGUCCGUCUUCAACAGCGAGCAGGAGACCAUCACCUCCCUCUACAAGACCAAUUUCAGGGUGGAUGUCCCGUUCGAUCUGCCCGAGAUCUUCUUUUUUGUGGCCCUGGGGGCCAUCUGUGGCAUCGUGAGCUGCGCGUACCUCUUCUGUCAGCGAACAUUCCUUGGUUUUGUCAAGACCAACCGGCUUAUCUCCAAACUGCUGGCCACCAGCAAGCCUCUGUAUGCCGCUCUGGCGGCCUUGGUUCUCGCCUCCAUCACUUACCCCCCUGGCGUGGGCCGCUUUCUGGCUUCUCGGCUGUCCAUGAAGCAGCAUCUGGACUCACUGUUCGACAACCACUCGUGGGCGCUGAUGACCCGGAACUCAUCCCCACCCUGGCCCAAGGAGCUCGACCCCCAGAACCUGUGGUUUGAAUGGUACCACCCGCGGUUCACCAUCUUUGGGACCCUCGCCUUCUUUCUGGUUAUGAAGUUCUGGAUGCUGAUUCUGGCCACCACCAUCCCCAUCCCUGCUGGGUACUUCAUGCCCAUAUUCAUCUUCGGAGCUGGCAUCGGGCGCCUCAUAGGGGAGGCCCUCGCUCUUGCCUUCCCCGAGGGCAUUGUGGCCGGAGGGGUCACCAACCCCAUCAUGCCUGGGGGGUACGCCCUGGCAGCCCAGGCACCAGGGCGCUUCCAGCAGUGGCCAGCAUGUGGCCUCUGUGGCUUGAACCACCCCACCCUGGCUCUGCCCCCUGCAGGGGCUGCGGCCUUCUCAGGGGCCGUGACCCACACCAUCUCCACGGCGCUGCUGGCCUUCGAGCUGACUGGCCAGAUAGUGCACGCGCUGCCCGUGUUGAUGGCCGUGCUGGCGGCCAACGCCAUCGCCCAGAGCUGCCAACCCUCCUUCUAUGACGGCACCAUCAUUGUCAAGAAGCUGCCAUACCUUCCAUGGAUCCGAGGCCGAAAAAUCAGCUCUCACCGUGUGAUCGUGGAACACUUCAUGAACUGUGCCAUCACCACGCUGGCCAAGGACACACCGCUGGAGGAAGUGGCCAGAGUGGUGACCUCCACAGACCUGGCCAAGUAUUUCCUGGUGGAGAGCACAGAGUCUCAGAUACUGGUGGGCACUGUGGGAAGGGAGGACUUGGUGCAGGCACUCCGGGCUGAGCCUUCUUCCUGGACUCCAGGGCACCCGUGUCUUCGGGACCUUCUGGCUGGGGGUUGUCCCGUAGAGCCCGUGACCCUGCAGCUGUCUCCGGAGACCUCCCUGCACCAGGCACACAACCUCUUUGAGCUGUUGAAACUUCAGUCCCUGCCUGUGACAUCUCUGGGCAGAGCUGUGGGCUCUGUGUCUUGGGUGGAGUUGAAGAAAGCAAUUUCCAGCCUGACAAACCCACCAGCUCCAAAGUGAGCCAGCCUCGCAAGACCCUGGGCCGAGACCCUGCCUCUCUUCCCCCCUCACAACACAGCCCUCCAGCCCAGCUCAUCUCCUCGGUGAAGCAGGCGGCUCUAACCUAGCACUGAGCAGGGCCCCAUGCUCACCGUGUUCCAUCCUGGGCGACACAAGCGCUGCAUACUGUAAAGGACAAAUCCCACCCUGGACCCAGCAGGAUUCAAGAGCACAGAAAACCAGCGGACAGUGGGUGCUCAUUGAAAAUCCACCAAAUUCACAGUCAAGACAUUGGUGUAGGGCUAUCGGCAAGGGCAGGCACAGAUGCCCUCUGGGAGUUGUAGGACUCCCAACCAGAGGCUCCUGAGAAAAAUAAAGCUGGUUCCCAGAGCUAUA